AUGGUUGGGUCUUUUUUUCGAAGACUUUGGUGUUCUUUAACGAGCAACUAUGAUAAAAACCGAACAUGGGCUUACUGUACACUCUCAGUCCUUCCUGUCUGUGUCUUCCCAUUUAUAUACCAAGAAAAAUCCUACACUUCUUGCACUGAAGUUGCAAGCAAGUACCGCCCAUGGUGUGCCACAAUUACCAAGAACUAUCAAUUAGUGGAAUGGAAGUAUUGUUCCACUAAAGAAUAUGGAGGUAAUUCUGAUGAACAACCUUGUGUAUUCCCCUUCGUUUAUGAGGGCCGUACGUAUUACACUUGCACCAAUGAAAAUGCCCAUCUAAGAAGAUUCUGGUGUGCAACAACUGGGAGUUAUGAUAAGGAUAAGCGAUGGAGCUACUGUGCCGAUACCAGACUAGAUGCAAAUCCUCAGGCACCAUGUGUCUUUCCUUUUACCUAUAAGGAAAGGUCCUACUCAGCUUGCACAAGAGCUGGGUCUUCUGAAGGAAAACUUUGGUGCUCUUUAACCAGGAACUAUGAUCUAAAUCGAACUUGGAUUUACUGUACACCCUCAGUCCUUCCUGUCUGUGUCUUCCCAUUUAUUUACCAAGGAGAAACUUAUACUUCUUGCACUGAAGUUGCAAGCAAGAACCGCCCAUGGUGUGCCACAAAUACCAAGAACUAUCAGUUUAUGGAAUGGAAGUAUUGUUCCACUAAAGAAUAUGGAGGUAAUUCUGAUGAACAACCUUGUGUAUUCCCCUUUGCUUAUGAGGGCCGUACGUAUUACACUUGCACCAAUGAAAAUGCCCAUCUAAGAAGAUUCUGGUGUGCAACAACUGGGAGUUAUGAUAAGGAUAAGAAUUGGAGCUACUGUGCUGAAACCAGACUAGCUGAAAAUUCUCAGGGACCAUGUGUCUUUCCUUUCAUCUAUAAGGGAAUAUCCUACUCAGCCUGCACAACUGCUGGGUCUUCUAAGGGAAAACUUUGGUGCUCUUUAACCAAGAACUAUGAUAUAGACCGAACAUGGGCUUACUGUACACUCUCAGAACCACAUCCCUGCAAGUUUCCCUUUGUUUUCAAAGGGAAGCCCUACCCUGCCUGCACAAAAGAUGGUGCUUCUGAUGGCCAACUGUGGUGUGCCACAACUAAAAACUAUAACCGGGACAGUAAGUGGAAGGCAUGUGCUGUUCAAGAAUAUGAAGGCACCUCUAAUGGCCAGGCCUGUGUCUUUCCCUUCAUCUAUAAGAAGAGAACAUUCAAUGCUUGCACCACUGAAAAUGAAAUCCGUGGAAGAUUUUGGUGUGCCACCACAAGCAACUUUGAUAAUGACCAGAAAUGGAGCUAUUGUGCUGAUACAAAUGAACAAAAUCAAGGAAAUUUGGGAUGCUUGUGA